CCCCGGUCCCCUAGCCCGCUUCGCUCUGGCUCUUUUUCCCAAACACCUCUUGCGCAGUGUCCCAUACUAAUCUCCUCCCCUCCCCCCGAUCCUCUCCCAUUCCAACCCUUCCUCCUCACUCCCCCCGAAACCUUUUAUUACCCUUCGCUUCCCCCACACCUCUCAAACUCAUCAUCGCGUUUCUCCUCCAGAGCUUCGAUUUGUUUCGCUCUUGGAAACUUUUCUCCUUUGUUUCAUUUUCCUUGUCAUUUUCCUUUCUUCUUCUUCUUCUUGACGGGCCAGGUCGUCCCUUUUCUUACCGCUCUACUUUGCAGAACAAUACCACCUCUUUACCGUUGCUUCCUCAUUUCGCCUACCAGACGAACUGCUACACGACGCGAGACAUCCCGAUUGCUGAGCCGGUCAACCGUUUUAUUCUUCUCUUCUAUUGAUUAGAUCCAGCGCCUUGCAGCACGCCUACAUUCGCGACUCUGCAUCCUACCGACAAUUCUCUCUGCCGGUCCAUCUUCCUUUGCUCUUGGCUUUGAAUUUCCAGUAUCAGCUUGACGCCGUUCCUGGACCAUCGCCGUGCGAUAUUUCAGUACUUACCGGGCUGGUCUCGAAUACGCUUUCAUCUUUUUUUUUGAUCCUUACAUUUUUACGCUCUUACGCGCCCGACGCGACCGAUAGACAGCCCCGGCGCCUAAGCCUCUACACCAAGACAUCGUCGGUGUAUCGCUACCUAUCGGCACCUUUCACCAGCGUCAUCAAACUACACAGGGCUACGACGGAAAGUCAACCCACUUUGUCCUAGCACCAUGUAUCCUCAACAAGCUGCCAUGGCGGCGCCACAGAAGCCCGAGACCUUCAUGCUGAGCACGGAGGCUCAGCAGGCACUUCCACACGACGCCCAGGUUGCUCUUCAACAGGUCGACAACCUCAAGUACUUCCUUAUUUCAGCCCCCGUUGACUGGCAGGCUGACCAGUACAUUCGACGAUUCCUUCUCCCCACUGGAGAAUACGUCUCUUGUGUUCUCUGGAACAACCUCUUUCACAUUUCUGGUACCGACAUUGUUCGCUGCCUCUCUUUCCGCUUCCAAGCCUUUGGCCGUCCGGUUAAGAACUCCAAGAAGUUCGAAGAAGGCAUCUUCUCCGAUCUCCGCAACCUCAAGUCUGGAACUGACGCUUCCUUGGAAGAGCCCAAGAGCGGAUUCCUUGACUUCUUGUACAAGAACAACUGCAUCCGAACCCAGAAGAAGCAAAAGGUUUUCUACUGGUACAGUGUCCCCCAUGACCGCCUAUUCCUUGACGCUCUGGAGCGUGAUCUUAAGAGAGAGAAGAUGGGUCAGGAGGCUACUACCAUUGCCGUCAGCGAACCCGCCUUGUCUUUCCAAUACGAUUCCUCGCAAUCCUUGUUCGAGCAGCUCACAAAGUCCCAGCAAGCCAACUCCUCCUCUUUCAGCGCCCAGCAGUCUGCGUCGGCCUACAACCAAAGCCAGUCCACCUCCCCAGUUGUCAGAUCAGUUGACUCGAUGCCACCCCCAACAAUGAUGCCUCAGUCCAUGUCGGCUCCCCUUGCUGAGCCAGUAGACAACCUCGUCUACGAUGCCAUGACGAUGGCACCUGCUGCUCCCGCCCAGGUUACUGCCGUCAAGCGUGAUCAUGACUUCUCUCGUAUCAGCUACAACCAGAAUGGCAUCCCCGUUACUGCUGCUCACCAGCGCCAUUCUUCUAUGCCCGCCUAUGGCCUCGAGUACUCUCCUGCUCCUUCGUUUGUGUCUUCUCAGUAUGAUGACUACGGCAACCGCGGCCUGUCUUUUGAGCCCAUUACCCCUCCUCAACAGGCUCUCGGCAUGCCCAAUGAUACCUACAUCACCAAUGAGGAUAAUGGACUCUACUCCAACAUGUCGGAUAACCUGUCUGGCAUGAAUGCUAUGGGCAACAUGGUUCAGUUGCCUGCUUCUGCUACGGCCGGCUUCUCUCGCACCUAUGGCGCCAACAACGUCUACUCGGUCAUUGAAGGCUCGCCCACGUACAAGCAGCGACGCAGACGCUCCUCGAUCCCCCCUGGUCUCUCUGCCAUUGCCCCUCCUCCCAACACAACUCCUCACAGACCAUCUGAUCUUCGCCGUUCAGUUUCCGCUUCUGUCGGCCCUGUUGCUGAAGGUGACGAAUCCGGCGACAACUCGCCUCCUGACUUGUCCUUCAGCACAUCUAGCAUGGGCAUGGUUCAGAAGCCUACCAUGGACGGUGCACUCAACGGAAUGGGCCUCCAGGGGUUUGGCAACUCGACUGAUGACUUCAUGCAAGAUGCUCUCCUUGGCCACCGCCGGGCUAUUUCUGGACCUACCGGCGUCAUCCGCCGUGCCCGUUCUGCCACCGUCAUGGAGCUUGGCCCCUACUCUCACAAGUCUCAUUCGUGCCCUAUCCCUUCCUGUGGCCGCCUCUUCAAGAGAUUAGAGCACCUCAAGAGACACGUCCGUACUCACACGCAAGAGAAGCCCUAUGCCUGCAGCCAGUGCGGCAAGGCCUUCUCUCGCUCUGACAACUUGGCUCAACACAAGCGAACCCACAGCCGCGAAGACGGUGGUGAUGGAUCCUUUAACCUCUCUGCUGAAGAAGAGGAGGAGUUUUCUGGCGAGGACAACCUUGGUUCCCUCGAGGAAGCAUCACCAACGUCGGAGGCUGCCUAUGCCCCUACCUCAAUGGCUGACAACUCUCACAUGAUAAAUGCCACAUCCAACGUCUCAACGGCCUCUUUCAACACACUCCAGUCGCUAAGCAUGCCGAUGACAAUGAGCCAAUCAACAGCUAUUAAUGCCGGUGGCAUGAUGUAGUGAUGAUUUCUGACUUAUUCUUUUUUUAUGUUUUCGGCAGCUUGGCGUUGGUAGUGUUUAGCGUUUGCUUUUCUCUGGUCCCUUUUUCCCUGUUACGUCUGCUUGAAACGUGUCUUUCAUUCAAUGCACAGUACCUUUCUUGUUUACUAUACUAUGUCCUUUUGGUUUACAGUUCUUUGGAAGCGCAGCCGCUUUUUGGCAAGUGGAUUCAAAUCUCAAUUUACCAUCUAGCCCGCCAUCACCAAGCCAUCCUUCUACAGGUUGGCGAAUACCCUCUUGGGGGCGAGCAUGAAGUCUAACAAUUGACUGUUAAAAGAGAUGUGAUCUCCUUGUACAUAUAGAGUUUAUUUCCCCUCCUGUUCUUCGCGCCAACUUGUUCAGCUUGUGGCAGCAGAAAAGCAUUACUAUUUCUCUGAUAUAGCAAAUAAUUAUCUUCUAUCC